AUGGUAACAGAUGUUGUUAAAAACACUGGUCCUCAAACAUCCAUUGCAAGAAAGAGGAGAAAACUUAUUCUCAAAGCGAAGAGGGAUUAUCGAAACCGUGUCAGAUCAAGCAACCUCACUUCCCAUUUAAAUCAUAAUUUUACAUCCUCUGCAACAUAUGAAACCACUAUUGAAACGGCUAUGGCUAGAAAGAGAAGGAAGAUAAUCUUGGAUAACAGAAAAAGAUUGAGAAAUUUGUUCAAUACUGAAGUUAGUAGGGUUCAAAAUACAAACAACAUUGUUAGUCAAAGUCAGAACAUGGAUCAUGCAUCUACUUCAAAUCAUAAUAUGUCAAGUCAGAACAUGGAUCAUGCAUCUACCUCAAAUCAUAAUAUGUCAGUUGGAUCUCAUUAUCAAGACAAUGAUGACUCCAACUCUGACAAUAAUUUAAAUUCUUCUAAUAGUUCCGACUCUGACGAGGAUUCAGUCCCGGCACAAUUACAGGAGGCCCAUCUUCAAGAAUAUUACGAUAUUGGCGACCAAAAUUAUGAAUGCGCACACUGCCAAGCAUGUAUGUGGUACCAAGAAAAAGUGAAUAGACACAAAAUUACAGCAACUCCUCGCUUUCAUCGUUGCUGCCGUGGAGGAAAAAUUGUUCUCCCGUUCCUUGAACAACCUCCACAGGUGUUGCAAGAUCUUCUAUUUAAUAAAACAUAUUCAGAUAGUAAAAACUACCAGGCUAACAUACGAACAUACAACGCAAUGUUCUCCUUCACCUCCCCUGGAAUGAAGUUCGACACAACAUACUCUAAAAGAGGAGGACCCCCUACUUUGAGACUGCAAGGUCAGACCUGUCAUCGAAUUGGUACACUACUGCCAGAAACCGGGCAAGCUCCGGACAACAAAGGCAUCGAGCGCCCGGUUGUCAAUAAGCUCAAGAUGAUGUUAGAUGAGCACAAUGUUCAUGCCAAAGCUUUUAGAAUGGCAAGGGAUGUUUUAAGGACAAAUUCUUUCACAGAUUUAAAACUCAAGCUUAUUUCUGAUAGAUCCGAAGAUGGUCGUGUUUACAACAAACCUACUGUCUCAGAAGUGGCUGCACUCAUUGUGGGAGACAUUGAUUCUGCUGAUAAAAGGGACAUCUUAAUUCAGCGCCGCAAUGGUGGUUUGCAACGAAUAGAUGAGUUUCACCCAGCAUAUUUGGCUUAUCAGUAUCCUCUUAUAUUUCCUUAUGGGGAAGAUGGUUACAGGAAAAAUAUAAUGCACAGAUAUCGCCAUGAAACUGAGGUCACUAGGAGAAACCGUCAAAGCAUUAAGGAUUGGUUUUCUUACCGGUUACAACAACGUCACAAAGAGGCAAAAACACUACUUUACUCAAGACGCCUAUUUCAACAAUUCUUAGUCGACGGCUAUGCUAUGAUGGAAUCCGAACGACUGAAUUGGUUGAGAGAUAAUCAAUCGAAGUUAAGAGUGGGAAAAUAUAAUAAUUUGACCACUCAAACUGAUGGCGAUAGAAGAAAUGAACACCAAAAGCGAGGAAAACGAGUUGUUCUGCCAUCAACAUUUGUUGGUAGCAAGAGAUAUAUGGAUCAACUAUAUUUUGACGGUAUGACCAUUUCAAGUCGAUUGGAAUUCCCUGAUUUAUUUGUUACUUUUACCUGCAACGCAAAUUGGCCUGAAAUUAAAAGAGCAUUGUCAGGAACAGGCCUACAACCCCAUGAUAGGCCAGAUAUCAUUUCAAAAGUUUUCAAAAUAAAGUUUGAUACCCUCAUGGAUGAUAUUACAAAACACCAUGUCGUUGGAAAAGUGAUUGCAUAUAUGUACACCAUUGAAUUCCAAAAGCGGGGAUUGCCACAUGCUCACAUCUUGAUAUUCCUACACCCUCAGAGCAAAUACCCAACACCAUCUAACAUAGACAACAUCAUUUCUGCUGAAAUUCUCGACCCGACUGUUCAUCCCAAUUUAUACAAAUUGGUUAAGGCACAUAUGAUGCAUGGACCCUGUGGCCUUGCGCGCAUGACUUCACAAUGUAUGAAGAAUGGACGAUGUUCUAAAUACUAUCCCAAAAAGUUUAUUGAACACACUAUUGUUGAUGCAGAGGGAUAUCCACUGUAUGUCUCUCCCAGUGAAGCAUGCUGGCGCAUUUACUCUUACAAUAUUCAUGGCAGAAAACCAGCUGUGGAACGUAUGUUCUAUCAUUUGGUUGGGGAGAAACCUAUCUACUAUACAGAUUAUGCACGCAUGGAAAAUGUGCUGGAAACUGCAAGUGUGACUGAAUCAAUAGAGAAUGGAAACCGCGGAAAAAAAGGCUUCACCAUUGGACGUCUCAUAUGGGUUCCGCCAACAACUGGUGAACUGUUUUACCUACGCAUGAUGCUGACGGUGGCAAAAGGACCAACAACUUAUGAGGAAAUCAGGACCGUGGAUAACAUCCAGUUUGAUACAUUCAGAGAUGCAUGCUUUGCAAUGGGAUUUCUUGAAGACGACAAAGAAUACAUAGCUGCUAUAAAGGAGGCAAGUCAUUAG